AUGCGGCUCAUCAACACUAGCACUGGCCAGUUUGAGGAAUUCAUCGGCCGAAACAUACCUAAAUAUGCCAUCCUCUCGCACACGUGGGAAGGCGGAGAGGUCAGCCUGAAGGAUGUGGAGAACGGUAUACACCAGAACAAGGAAGGAUGGAAAAAGAUUGCAAAGACCUGUGAACUGGCUGCUCGAGAUGGGCUGGGGUAUGCCUGGGUAGACACUUGCUGCAUCGACAAGUCUAGUAGUGCCGAGCUCACGGAGGCCAUCAAUUCCAUGUACCGCUGGUAUCAGCGAGCUGAGGUCUGCUACGCCUUCCUCUCGGAUCUACCGGCGUCCAGACAUUUGGAUGACACGUUGAGGAACUGCCGCUGGUUCACGCGAGGCUGGACGUUACAAGAACUGAUAGCGCCCGAGCACGUCCUUUUCUUCGACCAGGAGUGGAAUAACAGAGGGUCCAAGAGAGCUCUAGCGGAACAGCUCUCCUGCAUAACCGAAAUCGGCGUGUUAGUAUUGCGGGGCCAAUAUCCGCUCCACAUGAUAGCAGUAGCCCAGAAGAUGUCCUGGGCGUCGUUUAGAGAAACUACCCGGACCGAAGACACAGCAUAUUGUCUGCUGGGCAUAUUCGACGUUAAUAUGCCCUUGCUGUAUGGCGAGGAAGAGAAUGCUUUCCGAAGAUUGCAAGAAGAGAUCAUCAAAUCUACCGCUGACUUAAGCAUAUUUGCAUGGACUCUUCCAUUUCCAAUAUCCGAGCGCCGCACUCUCUGCGUCAUGCUGGCGGAGAGCCCCGCUGCCUUCUCCAAGUGCGGAUCACUCGCCCAACUUCCGUUGCCUGACCGGACUGAGUUUUCGAUCUCGAACACCGGAGUCAAGACGCGCGCGCAAGUGCUGUGGCAGAGCAUUCCGGGGAAGAAGACAUAUAGUUACGUCUUACCACUCGACUGCGUCAGCCCGGCUGGAGAGGCCCUGGGAGUGCGACUAAGAAAAGUUGGCCCAGACCAGUUCCUCCGAGAAGACACUUGCACACUAGUUAAAUGCGAAAAUGGUAGCUCAAACCCGCCCAGGGAGAUAUAUCUGCUCACAAGGCCUUUGCAGCCACUUUUCGAUCAAAGUCUUCGCAAUAUACCCGCGAACUUGCUCAUUCCGUGGACGCGGACGCACGCGCUUCAGAUCGAGCUGCUUCUCGAAAUGCACAUCUAUGAUGCGUGGCCAUGGGGACGGUUCGACAAUGAAGAUCAAGUCUUCUUCGUGACCGGAAAUCGCCAAUCGGACUCCUGCAUUCUGAGGCUUAACGGAGUAUUCAACUUUCCCUUCGAUGAGUACUACGUGGGAUGCUCGUUUGACUGUAUGCUCUACGCCGUCGGAUGGGCGAAUGCGACCCCCGGGCACUUGCAAUGCAGUCUCUUUGAGUACCGUCCGUAUGCCGAGCGAGUGAACGAGCUCAAAUCCAGGAUUUCAGACUGGGACCACGACAGCGCACAUGUCCUGGGCUUAUUGGCUUAUCAUCAGGUCCCAAAGUCGGCUGGGGUCGCCAAGAAGAUACCAGGGUCGUCGAAGAGCGCCCUCUUGUCGUUCACGCCACGUUUGGUGAGCGACCCGACCAUCUGUCACAAAGACUUUUGGAGAAUUGAAUUCUCCUGCAGAGUCUACGAGACUGCAGAACUUCCUCUUAUCGAUCAAGGAGAAUGGACUGUUGAAUAG